AUGAUUUUCUCUCGUGUCCUUUUUGGCCUGUCCCUGGCCACCCUAGCGGCGGCUGAUAUCUUUCACAGCUAUGAUCCUCGCAUCCAAACCAAAUAUGUGUUGGAUCAAGGCACCACAGGUCCCAGUACCACUCCUGAUGGCCGUGUAUUCUUCGUCCUUCCCCACGCUGACGGCAGCGAUGGCCCCAAGAUUGUUGAGGUCUUUGGUGGCAAGGACAACAACACCUUCAAGGCGUUCCCCAACGAGGAGUGGAAUUCGUGGAACGCUAGCACCGACAGCGCAGCUGAUGCCGGAGUGAAGUUCGUCAGAACCAACUCCCAGCGUGUUGGUCCUGACGGACUCCUCUACGUUGUGGACAGUGGCUACCCCGACCAGUGGCUGAACUCAUCGAAGCUUGUCGCCUUCAACCUGACAACCAACGCGGUUCAGCGUAUAUACUACACUGGCGAGAGCACCGGAACUGAAGGCCUCCUUAACGAUGUUCGUAUCUACGGCAAGUACGCGUACAUCACUGAGUAUAGCAUUGGCUCUAUCAUAAUCAUCGAUCUUGAGACCGGUAAGCAGCGCCUGUUGCUCAAAAGACAUCGCUCUACAGUUGCCAACUUGCCCAACUCCGGCGACGGAAAAUUCCUGGUGUCUGUGACCACUGGCAAGCCCCAGUACAUCCACGCCGAUGACGUCGAGAUUUCCCCCGAUGGCAAAUACUUUUACUACCAGCCUGGUAGCGGGUACAUGUGGCGCAUUGAGACUCAAUACCUGAACGAUGCUCUGUAUAACGAUACCACCUUUGAGAAUCUAGGAAACUACACUGAGCCCUUCUCGUUGACCCCCGCCACCGGUGGUACUGCCAUCGAUGCCGAUGGUAACAUCUAUUACAGUGAUGUUGACCGCCAGGAGAUCCGUCGUCUCUCUCCCAACCAGACCACUACUCUGGUGACCCGGGAUGACCGUCUGAAGUGGGUUGACGCUUUGUGGAUUGACAACUACCAGAACCUGUGGUUGAGUGUCUCCCAGCUGAACAAGGGCGUCCGUUUUGUGCAGCCUGACAACAAGUCUAACACCAUCGUCAAGCCACUCUAUGUCUACACCAUUAACAUUGGCGUCGGCCCUUCCCCUGCUGAUCACGCUUGA